AAGAAUCAUGGCUUUCUCCUACACGGUUUCCCGCGUCUUUAGACGCGCUUCGACGUUCCAUUUUCAAAAACGGCUAGAAUCAACGGUCGCUAGUCUCACGAAGGACGAGAUGAUGUUGCUGUUGCGCCCUCCUUUUUCAAAUUGGAGUAAUAUUAUACGUGAAGCAGAGAAAGUGGUCGGUUAUCCGACAUCGUUUAUGAAUCUGCGAUGUCUGUUAAGUGAUGAAUUCGCUAACUUGGCUCUUUAUCUUCGGAAAUUGAUUGGCAGCAACAAGCUGGUGAUGCAGACAGCGAAGAACGUGCUGUACGGGGACUGCAAGAAUCUCCAGCCGUGGGGCCUCGUCAUUCUCCUGCUAUCGAAGUCCGUCAAAACAUCGAGCACUUCGAAAGCGAUAGAACAAAAACAGAGGGAGCUAGCAGAGCUGACGGAAAUGAUCCGGACAGGACAUCUAAUCCACCGAGGGAUAGUCAACGUACCUUUCGCAAAGCGAUCGAAAGGUACCGAAUCGGCGAUAUUUGGAAAUAAAAUAGCUAUUUUGCUUGGAGAUUACCUGCUAGUGACUGCAAACGCCAUGCUCGCUGGAUUGAGAGACGCUGAUGUUCUAUAUAUAGUAUCAAUCGCUCUCAAAGAAUUAUCUGAGAGCGAAUUUAUUGGGGAUAGAGACGAACAAAACAUGCCUCUACCUGGAAAACCUAAAAUAGCCAAUGACGAUUUCAGUUUAACAUUUGAUACAACAUCGAUGGAAGCCAAUAAUGUCCUGGGUAAGCCAAGGAAAGAAUGGACUGCAAGGACUAUGUUCAGCGGAGUAAGCCUACUAGGCAGGGGAUGCCAAUCAGCAAUGGUCAUCGGCAAACAGAGUCGUGAAAAUCAAAACUAUGCCUACCAUUUCGGCUGUCAUGCUGGCUUGGCAUGGCAAGCCGCUGCAGAAUUACAAGAGUUCUCAUCGGACGGUAAAAAACAGUUUUGCUUGGCAAGUGCUCCCGUGUUAUUUGCACUGGAAAAUAAUCCGGAACUUUAUAAAAUAAUAGAUCAAGCGAAAAACGACGUUAACGACGUCGAUUACGAAGAUUUAAAGUUCAAUAUUCUAAAGACGGACGCUCUUGAUAAAACAAAGAUGCUUUAUGAAGAUCAUACAAAGAAAGCUAUAGCAUUGAUUGAUAAUAUAGGGGAUAACGAAUCUGUUGAUAUGAUAAAGAAAUUGAUAAACACAUUUUAAGACUUUUUAAGACUGAAUCGUAUCAGAUGUUAGAAUUUUAUUUAUAUGAUAAAUACACUUAUGAAAUUAAUUAAUAAAGUGGGCUCUGCAUUAACACAGUUUCAAGUCUGAUGAAAAAUAUAUUUAUCCCGAGUGAGUGAGAAUUUUCUAUGUAAAAAAUUAUAAAAUUAAUAAAUUAUUGCAAGUGUAUACGGAUAGUUUGUUCAUAUAUUGAUAAUUCCGAUACAUAUCGGUGAAUUUUUAGUAAUCUUUUUUGAAUUGUAUCUUGUUAUCCUUUUUUUUCAAAUUAGUAGGUAGACUUGCAAAUGGCGAUAAGUCACCAUCACCCAAAAACAAUAACAUUGCAAGAAAUUUUAACCAUCCCUUGCAUUGUUGCGCCACCAAUGUUGGGAACUAAGACGGUAUAUCCUUUAUGCCUGUAGCCAGUGCGAAGCCAAAAACAAACAAACAUAGGUAUUCCUGCUUGUAGGUGUAAUAAGUGAUGAAUACCUGAA